AUGUCUGGUUGGGAUUGGCUUUGGGUCGUUGGAGAACUUGGUGUUACAUACGGAUGUUAUGUAUUUUGGAAAAAGAAUGAUAAAUAUGCUGCAGUUCUUGAAGUAUCUCCUCAUAUUGACAUCGAUAAUCUAAAAAAUUUCUCGUCUAUGACCACAUCUGUCGAUUAUGCGACAGUACACGGUCUUGUACAACCGAAUGACCUAAAGUCACAUUCAAGACUCACAUCAAAUUUCACUGCAGACUGUAUCGGUGUUAUCCAUCGUUUAACAUUACAUGAACAAAAAUUACAAAAACUCCAAAGUUCUUGGGCUGAAACGAAAAAGCUAAUUAGCGCUGCAACACGCUAUGUACCAUUUCGACUGGUAUCGUCCAAAGGAAACUAUGUUUGUAUUGAUAAGCCGCUUCAAUUCAAGUCGAUCGAAGAUCAACUGGAUGUGACUCACGUUAGAUUCGAUCCUAAUCCCUCGUCGUCUGUGCAAAAAGUCUUUGAGACAUUACUCGGAAAUCUUUCAAAAGGUGUUGAAACACGAGAAGAAAUGUUACUAAAUAACACACAAUUAACCGGCAUCGGUCGGUUAGAAAAACGACUCAAUGUAUGGCAUCUUGUUCCACAUGAACAAUGGGGAGGAAUAUUAACACGAUCCAGUCGAGAUGAGAUAUUAGCGUCGUUUAGAAAUCGUUCGAGUUGGAGUCGUAUUUUUACUAUUCUAUUCAGUAGCCUCACUGGCUGCACAAUUAUCUAUUUGAUCUUCAAGUACUAUUCUCGAACACCGCGAAUAUCGAAUAAUUCUCGACGACGAGUCAUACCACCAGCUACACAAGAUGCGAAUACGAAUGAUGCAACUCGAUUACAAUGUGUCAUUUGCUUAGAUCAUGAAAUUGUGUACAGUUUGCAACCAUGCUCACAUUUAGCUCUAUGCCAGUCAUGUGCCGAACAACUGCAAAGGCGAAGCCGAUUCGAGCAAAAGUGUCCGAUUUGUCGGACGCCUAUUGAACAAUACCAACAUAGAUUAAUGAUUUCCAAGUGUCGAUCGAUACUCUCCCAACACUCACGGUCUUGUUCCGUAUUCUAUCGUCAAUUUUUGACAAAUGUCAAUUCAGUAAAAGAUCUCAACUCAUCAUCGAAAGACUAUGAUGCUCUUGUUGUUGUUGCAACUGAAUUAGAUCAGAUCAAAGACCAUGUAGAUCAUUCAGUAACAAAAGAUCUUCAGGCAUUUCGUCAAUUAAAUAAGAAGUUCGAUAAAGAUGUAACUAUCUAUUCUUCAACCGGAAAAGUAACUCGCGAUUUUGAUGAUGUACGCCGCUUUGCCGAUGCGGCUGCCGCAGGAAUGAAAAAGGCCUUAGCACUUGGUGCAAAGUGUCCAUUGAUUGCUAGUUUCGGCUCCAAAUUGUAUCAGCAAGCCCAUCUGGUGACGUUGUUAUCUGCUUUAGAAACAACUUAUGUGCCAUUGCAAGUUCGAGAAGAUAAACCUGCGGAGAAAACUAAAGUUGAUCGACUAGGUGUCUAUAUUCCUCAGACGUCGUCUGAUUGCAAUGAUAAAUUAGUUAGCUAUGCUCGUGCUAUCGAAUUGGGACGUGUCGUUGGCAGAGAUAUCGGUGGAGCUGAUCCAGAACGUAUGGCACCACCGCGUGUCGUUGAUUAUGUUCAAGAAAUAUUUGGUAAAUCAUCCGGUAUCAAAAUAAAUAUAAUAAAAGAUCAAAAUGAAAUUGACAAGGAUUUCCCUUUAUUCGCUGCUGUAAAUCGGGCAGCUAGAGGUAUCGAUCGGCAUCAAGGUCGUCUAAUCUUUCUCGAAUAUACGGGUGAGGGUGAAAUAAACUCCACAGCAAUGCUUGUUGGAAAAGGUGUUACUUACGACACUGGUGGUCUCGAUAUUAAAACUGGCGGCGGAAUGACAAGUAUGUCCUAUGAUAAAUGCGGUGCUGCAAGUGUCGCUGGUUUUUUCAAAGUUCUUUCGGAGCUGAAACCCAAACAGCUCAAAGCAAUUGGCGUUUUAGCUGUAGCACGAAAUAGUUGCGGAGAAGAAGGAUACGUCACUGACGAAAUCCUCAAGGCGAGAGCAGGUGUUCGCAUUCGUGUUGGAAGUACCGAUGCCGAAGGUCGAUUAGUUAUGGCCGAUUCAUUAUGCUACAUGAAAGAGCUAGCAUUGAAAGAAGUCAAUCCACAACUAUUUACUAUUGCAACCUUAACUGGCCAUGCGGCACGUACAUAUGGGGAUAAUUAUACGGCUGUGAUGGACAAUGGACCGGCGAGAGAAAAGAAAAUCGCACAACGACUUCAAGAAUUAGGUGAGAAUAUUGGUGAUCCAUUUGAAAUUUCUACUGUUCGACGUGAAGAUUACGAUUUUAUAGAUGAUAAAAGCAAAGUAGCAGAUAUCCUGCAAUGUAAUACACGGCCUAGUAACGUUACAUCUCGUGGUCAUCAAUAUCCAGCAGCAUUUCUUGCUCGCGCAUCUGGCCUCGAUAAACACGGUCGUGAUUCCGACAAACCGUUGAGUUACACACAUCUAGAUAUCGCUGGUAGUGCUGGAAAGUUACCAGGUUUACCGACUGCCCGUCCAAUACCAGCACUAUGUCAAAUGUUUAUCGCUGAUCGUGUUUUGUAA